AUGCCUCGAAUCUGUCGCGAAAUCCUUAAAGAACUCCGAAGUCACCACAAACUCCUCCCCCUCCUCUACCGCGAAAACCGUAUCCCCGAACUCGCCAAAUUUGAACUCCGCCACCUCCAAGACCACGUUCUCCAGCGCUCGGAUCUAAAACACUCGCCUAGACUUCAAUUCAAACUUCUAAAAUCACUAUGCGAGCGUCGUGCCCGCGCAGAGCCGCUAGACCACAUCCUAGGCACCACACAAUUCGAUGAUCUAGAAAUCCUAUCCGGGAAGGGAGCGUUAAUCCCACGUCCUGAGACAGAAGCAAUGGUAUUGCGUCUUUGCGAUGCUUUAAGAGAUUACCAUUUCGUGAACGAAAAACGAAAACGGAAUCUGGGGAAUAAUUUUCGUGUGUUGGAUUUAUGUACGGGAGCGGGACCGAUUGCUUUACUCAUGGCGAAACAGCUUUAUGAAAUGCAACUGCCGUAUGGUCACAGGGUUCUUGGAAUCGAUGUAUCCGGACCGGCGUUGAAACUGGCAAAUAGAUCUUUGGAAUAUAAUAUCGGAAAGGGUGUGUUACCGAUAGAUGCUAGGCGUGAUGUCGGUUUCUAUAAAGGCAAUGUGUUAGAUCCCAAACCAUCGAUUUAUGGAGAAGGUGGGGAUCAGGAGCUAUCUUACCUCGGAAAAUCUGAGGUUCAUGAUGAUAUCAGAUCUUUCUUUGGUAAUGAAAAUCAGGUGAAUUAUAGCGGAACGUUGGACAUCUUGGUCGCGAACCCUCCAUAUGUUUCUGCGGAUGGGUACUGGGGAGAUACGGAAAGAAGCGUAAGGUUAUAUGAACCUGAGAUAGCAUUAGUUCCACCGGAAAAGAGGCCUGAAAAUAUGUCCGAUAGUGUUUUGAGGGAGGAUUUCUUCUACCCGGCUAUUGAGGAGUUUGCAGCAUAUUUUAAAUCAAAGGCUAUUGUAUUCGAAACUGGAGGAGACACGCAAUCCGGUCGUGUCAAAGCAAUGUUGGAAAGUCGAGGUUGGGAAACAGGCACCUGGAAGGAUUUUAGAGGUAUUCAACGGAACGUCGUAGGUUGGAGAAAGGAAACGGGCUGGAACUGGCUACUUUUACCCUCGAAAAACGGGAUGAGCUAUGACUAA